CCUUUCAACAUCGCUAUCGUAGGAGGUGGCAUCUCGGGGCUUACUCUCGCCAUCGCUCUGCAGAAGCAUGAUAUUCCGAUUACAGUGUACGAGUCCGCCGCGCAGUUCGGCGAAAUCGGUGCUGGCGUUGGCUUCGAGCCAUGCAUGGUCCGCAUCAUGGAGCUCAUCUCCCCCAAAAUAAAAGAAGGCUUCCUGCGCAUCUCUAACAACGUCGUUACCGAUCCGCCGAAAUGGUUCGACGUGCGCGUCGGCGACCGCAGAAAAGCAGACGCGAACGGCGUGGUCUGCCACAAGGGCGACAAGGCGAUCAAGCUCGACGAGCCGCUCUUCGUGAUGCCCGCACGCCGCGGUCCAAGAGGCGGCGUGCACCGCGCGCAUUUCCUGGACGAGCUCGUCAAGCUGAUACCCGCCGACGUUGCGCAGUUCCGCAAGAAACUCGUCGAUGUGACGCAGGCAGCGGAUGGGUCCGGCGACGCCGUGCUGCACUUCGCGGACGGCGCGACGGCGCAGCACACCGCCGUGAUUGGCUGCGAUGGCAUCAAGUCGCGGACGCGAGAGCUGGUGCUUGGCAGGCAGGACGGCCGACCCGUUUUCUCGGGGAAGUAUGCGUAUCGCGGCCUCAUCCCGAUGCAGAAAGCAGUCGAGCUCUUGGGCGACGAGAUUCCUCGGACGCCGCAGAUGUAUUGCGGGUACCGCGGCCAUGUGCUGACCUUCCCGAUUGCAAAUGGCACUAUCAUGAACGUGGUGGCGUUCAGCUCGCGAGAUGAGUGGAAGGACCCGGAGUGGGUAGUCAAGACCAGCAAGGAGGACAUGCUGGCUGAUUAUGCGGAGUGGACUCCGAACGUGCAGAGCAUCAUGGCGAACAUGAAGAACCCGGAUAUCUGGGCCUUGUUCAACCACGAACCGGCUCGCACUUUUUUCCAGACGCGGCCGAGGAUAUGCCUCGUGGGCGAUGCGGCGCACGCGACGACGCCGCACCAAGGGUCUGGCGCGGGAAUGUGCGUGGAGGACUGCUAUGUGCUCGGCGAGUUGCUGGCCGACGUGUCCAGCGCGGACGGCCUCGAGGAUGCGUUCCGAGCCUAUGACCAUGUCAGACGCCCCCGGUCGCUCAAGCUGGUGGAGACAAGUCGGGAGGCAGGCGAGCUCUGGGAGCUGCACGGCGCUGCCGGUGAUGAUCUCGACGCGUUCGAGCGCAACGCGGUGCAGAGGAUGAGCUGGAUCUGGGACCACGACAUGACGGCCGACCUUGAGCGGGCGCGAGCGAUGCUG